UUGGAGAGGAGAUAUGCAAAUAUUUUUCACGACGCAGGGUUAUUCAGUGUCCUUCAAAAACGCGUCGGUGUAGGGUAACGUUAAAAUAGUCUAGUGGCCCAUUAAAAUACUCCCCUUGUCACCUCAUUUCCAUACUAUUAUGCGCAGUCAUUACGCCACCUCGAAGCUGCAUUCGUUAAAACAUGAACCGAAUCGAAUUUCCAUAAAAUCGAUGAAACCGAGUUAGUAGAUCUGAUUGCAGUCGGUCAUCGGUCAUGGUACGGAGUGACAGUGAUUGUUAAAUAAUGAAGGCGUGUGGGGCCGGAGUGAGCACGGCAGCCCAUUGAGCAGCGUCGCCCGACGCGAGUGCGGUGUGACGUCACAGGGCGCCGCCGCCGCCCCGCGCCUGCGCCCGCCUAUCGAGCGGCAGGCAUGUGCCCCUUACAGCCGGCCGACCGCUCCGCCCGACCGACUCACACUUUUUUAUUUUCCCUCCGUACGUAGUGACCGCUGUGACAUCCCGGUUAUAACAUAGAAACCGUGGUCCGCGAGCCGAGGACGCGCGCUGUGAUCACGGUUCGGGGGUCCCGCGCCGCCGCCCCAAGCGCCCGCCUCGAUUCCAAAAUGGCAGGAUGUAGGCCGAGGCCUGGGCCGCGAGCCUGUGACGGUGCGGUUUGGCUCGCGUGAGGCAUGUGUCCUGUUACAUAAAUGUUACGCAAGCUGAGGACGUGCCCACUCGAAGGUGCAACUGUAACACGAUCUAGCCCGCCAGCUUGGUGCAUUGUGCUCUGGAUCCCAUGUAAUCCGCGGAAGGAGCUGCUUCGCAGAGAAUGAGCGGUUACGGCGGCGGCAUGUCCGGUGACUCGGACGCGCUGUCGCGGCGCCUGCGCGACGCGGAGCGCGCACGCGCCGACGCCGAGCGCGCGCACGCCGACGCGCUCGCGCAGCUGCGCUCGGCACAGCGCAGCCCGCUCGACGCGCACACCGUCGACCAGCUGCAGUCGCGGGCAAGGGAGCUCGAGAAGAAGGCGGCGUUAGAAACAGUGCGGUGCGAGGAGCUACAACUCGAGCUGUCGGCAUCUCUGCGCGCGCGCGGCGCGCCCACCAGCUCCUGGAGCCAGCACCAGCAGUCGCACCAGCAGCCGGCCUCCGAGAUCGAGCGCAUCAUGGCCAAGAUCGAGCAGGACAACCGCAUCCUCGCCGAGCUCGAGCACACCCGCUCCACCACGCACGGUAUGCAAACGAGUGGUUCCAACCAAGCGCUGGGGGACUUCCAUUCCCCGGCGCCGUCGCCGCUGCCGCACUCGUACACGAGCGCGGGGCACCACUCGGUCGCCAUCUGCCAGAGCAACACCAUGCCCACGCUGUCCUCGCUCCAUGCCACCGGCCAGUUCACGGCGCCCAGCUCCAACUCCGUCGCCUACUCCAUGAGCGCGCACAACCCAACCUCCUAUACGAACCCUGUAUCUGCCUACUCAACAAAUACCUACGGACUGACGAAUCCCAGUCACCAAGUCACCUUCACAAACCCUGUCACAGCCCCACUUGUCAACAACAUCGGACAAAUAUCCAGCACUCUAGCGGGACUACAGAGCAACUUGCAAAAUAUGACUGGCAACGUAUCGGGCAUAAGUUUAGGAGGAGGCUUGACCGGAUCGACGUUAACAGGAACCAUGGCGGGAUCGGGGUUGACGAGUUGCUUGAACAAUGUGCAGACCAGUUUAUCUGGAGGAUUGAGUAACACUCUUGGAGGAAUGCAGUCGACGUUGACUGGAGGGUUGGGAAACGCCCUUUCGAACCUGACGACUGCCACGCAACUGGGAGGAUUAAAUACUAGUCUGACUGGCACUAAUGUAUAUGGUGCUGGUACUGGAACCUACACAAAUCCGUUGCUGUCUAGUGGAAUAGGAACUAAUACUAUGAACAUUAAACUGAAGCCGCUAGAUGAAAUAGACCUCGGGAUCGGGAGAUACGGGACGACCGCGUCAGGCGUGGGGCGAGUGGCGACGCCCGUCACGCCGCAUCAACCCGGGUGGAGCUUAGGAUUAGAUAGCCAAUUUGGAACUGAUAGAUUAGGUGCAUUAGAUUCGGGUUUCAGCCAUGACCGAAAUCAAAGAGCUUUGUCUAGAAUCAUGCCUAACUCUGGAUUGGAAAUGGAUAUUCGAAAUACACAUUAUAUGAACGGCACCGCCCCAAGUCAGGAGGGUCAGGUGGACAUGCUGGACAUUCCUGGGAAAGGGCGUUGCUGUGUCUACAUCGCCCGGUUUUCCUACGAUCCACCAGACAUCGAGAGCGCGGAAGGGGAGCUGUCCGUGAGCGCAGGAGACUAUCUGCUGGUGUGGGGGCCGCCGGAUUCGAACGCCGCCAUGCUGGACGCCGAGCUGCUGGACGGACGCCGCGGCCUCGUGCCCGCCAACUUCGUCCAGCGGCUUGUGGGUGACGACUUAUUAGAAUUCCAUCAGGCUGUAGUAGCCACACUCCGAGACGCCGACGAAUCGGCGACGACCGCCAUCAGCGACCUCUCGCUCAGUCGCGACGUCGCGCGGCUCAGCGAGGUGGCCGACCUCAGCGAGGGACCUGAAGAUGACGACAACGUCCCGGCGCCGCGGCAGCUGACCCUGGAGCGGCAGCUCAACAAGUCCGUGCUCAUCGGCUGGACGGCGCCCGAGGGCGUCCAGCAAGCCAAUAUCGAGAGCUACCAUGUGUAUGUGGACGGAGUCCUGAAGACAACCGUGAAGGCUUCGGAGAGGACACGCGCGCUGGUUGAAGGAGUCGAUUCUAAUCGGCCGCACCGCAUCAGCGUGCGGUCAGUAACGGUCACGCGGCGCACGUCUCGUGACGCAGCCUGCACCAUGGUGAUCGGGCGGGACACGGCCAACAUGGGCCCGACUUGCGUGCGCGCCAGCGGCGUGACAUGCUCGCAGGCUGUUAUAUCCUGGCUGCCGGCUAAUUCGAACCAUCAGCACGUCGUUUGCGUUAAUAAUGUUGAGGUUCGAACAGUGAAGCCCGGAGUGUACCGCCACACGAUCACCGGUUUGUCUCCAAGCACACAAUAUAGAGUAACGGUCCGAGCGAAACACUUACGAGCCGGACCGCCUUCUGGUAUACCUACAGAAGAGGCCCCCGGGGCCUACACGGACUUCCGGACGCUCCCCAAGGGCCUCCCUGACCCGCCCGCCGAGAUCAUGGUGGAAGCGGGCCCGCAGGACGGCACGCUGCUGGUGACGUGGCAGCCCGUGCUGCGCCCGCCCGCCUCCGGGCCCGUCACGGGGUACGCCGUCUACGCGGACGGCAAGAAGGUGACCGACGUCGACUCCCCCACCGGGGAUCACGCGCUCAUCGACAUCGGAAAGCUGAUCGGCCUCAAUCCCAAAUGUGUCACAGUUCGUACAAAGUCUCGCGACAGUCAGUCGGGAGACAGCGCGCCAACUCCGAUCCCGCCAGCGGUACUGCGCGGGGUCGUGAACCGUGGGCCUCGGGGCCCCAUGGGUCCUAUGGGCCCUAUGGGCCCUAUGCCCCCGGGACAGCAACAAGGCUUCCGUGGUCAGCAGCGCCCGCAGCCCUACCAGCAGCACCAGCAAGUGCUAGAACACGACGAGAACCUCUCGGAUAAGGAGAUAUUCCCCUCCGCCAACCGACACGAUCCGCAUGCCGCUCAGCCCGCGAGUGGAUUCGGCACAGGCCUCCUAAAGAGUAUAUUCGACAAAAUAACCCCUUCGCAAUCGGGGAUACCGGCCAUCGAAAUCACUAAAGAGGGAGCGGCGGAGCUGGGUAGUGAGGACGACGAACGCCGCCGCCAGCAGCAGCAACCGUCCCAACCAGCGCAAGCGUCGCAGCAGCCAUCGGGUCAGCCGUACCCGAAUACACAAGCCUACCAUGGCACGCAGCAACCCCCCUAUCAACCACAGCCAGCCGGCCAGUACCCAAGUAGCCAGCCUCCGUACCCCGGCGUCCCGGGGCCCGCGGCCGGCCCCAUGCCGCCCUACAACCAACCCCCGCCGAGGAACCAUCACGAGAGGGGCCGCCCUCCUAACCCCCACCAGCAACAACAACAACAACAAGGGCAGCAGGGCGCGUACGGGCCGCGCGGGGGCGCCCCGCAGGGGCCGAGGGGCGUUGCUCCGCGCCACCCGCAGCAGCACCCGCAGUCCAAACGAAGUCGGUACUUCAUGGCGCUCUUCGACUACGAUCCGGCAACUAUGAGCCCUAACCCGGAGAGCUGCGAUGAAGAACUGCCGUUUAGUGAUGGUGACAUCAUCAAGGUGUGGGGAGACAAGGACGCAGACGGUUUCUUCUGGGGCGAGUGCCGCGGGCGACGGGGCUACGUGCCGCACAACAUGGUGGUGGAGGUGUCGGAGGCGGACGCGGGGCAGGCGGCGGCCAGCAAGCCCCGCGACCGCUGGACGGACUCGUACGCGAACCAGCCCGUGCGCCGCAUGGUGGCGCUGUUCGACUACGACCCGCAGGAACUGAGCCCUAACGUGGAUGCUGAUGCGGAGCUAAGUUUCCAGACGGGGCAGAUAAUCCACGUGUACGGAGACAUGGACGACGACGGCUUCUUCAUGGCGGAGAUAGAUGGCGUGCGCGGGCUCGUGCCCAGCAACUUCCUCGCAGAGCCGAACGACCAGUACGCGGGCACCGGCCAGCCUGGGCAAGCAGGCGCUGUGGGCGGCAGGGGCGGGGCGGCGAUGCGCGGGCGCGGCGGCGGCGCGGCGCCGGGCCCGGGCGCGCGCGGCCCGCCGCCGCCGCCGCGAGACAACGUGGCGCCCGCGCCGCGCACCCAGCAGAGGAAAGAUGCCUGCCCUCUUCCCCCUUCUCAGUUAGACCACAACACUUGCGCCAGUAAUCCAGAACAGGUGAAUUCUCAGCAGGCGAGGGCGAGAGGCGCAACGAGCGCGCCGGCGCCGGCGAGCACGAUCGCGCGCACGAGCGCUGGUAACGUCGGCACGCCCGUGCAGUCGCCCGCCACCGGCGGGCUGGGCUCGCUCGGCAACAGCCCCGCCGCCGCGCCGCCCGCCGCCGCGUCGCCCGCGCGCCGCGCCGGACCCGCCGUCGUGCCGCAGCCCGCCGUGCAGCCGCUCCAGACGCCCGCGCAGCAGCAGCCGCCCACCUCCCAGCCCAAUCUCAUGCAGAAGUUCACCGAGAUGACCGCCCCCGGCGGCGACAUCCUCAGCAAAGGAAAGGAGCUAAUCUUCAUGAAGUUCGGGUUGGGCGGCAAAUAAUGGCGGCGCCCCGGGCUCCGCGGCGCCGAGCCGCCGCGCGCCGCGUGACGGCCGCGGCGGACCGGCCGCGCGCGCGAGCGGGCCCGUGUUUGGUAUUGUCGCGCCCUGACCGAACGGUGCUACGCGCCGACGAGAGUACUGUAAGAAAUGUAAAUAUUAAAUGAAUUCAAUAAACGCACAGUCUAGUGAAUAUUCAAUAUUAGUGCUGUCUCGAUAGUUACCUCUCCGCGGUCGGGGUGGAGCCAUCCGCCUCGAGGUAGUCGUGUACGUUUUCUAUCUCUCGGACAUCUUGCCCGUCUGUUAGAUUAUAUAAAUUGUUUACAACAUUAUAGCAUUGUAACUGCAUAUUGUCGUAUGUAUAGAUAUGAAAUUAUAAUGAAGUUAUUGUCUAGUUGUUACUUUACAGUCCUCGUGGCAUAGUUGUUGUGAUUUUCUACGUUACGUUUACGAUCGCUAGCUGUGAGGUUUCCUUACUUACAAACAGGAAUUAACCUUUAAAUCUCUCUUUUUAUAAAUAUUGUUUGAAAUACUUAACUAGUCUGUUUCGGGUAAAAUAAUAAUAUACAAAAAUGCAAAGAUGUCCUGUUGCAACCGUCCUUCUGACCAAGAACUGUAUUUAAAAGAUUUUGAGGAUGCGCGGGUUUGCUGCAGGCGACAUCUGAGGGUCCGCUGACGUGGUCGACAAGCUACGGCAAGCAAUGUUCAUCCAUCGCUUUCCACUGCACAAGUGUGUCGUGUAGGUUCGCCACAGCGCGCCAGGCGUGUCGACACACAACGAGACGGGGCUCGGCAACCCAUCCUGUUGGGAGUUCUCACUGGCAACGUCACACGAACUGCUAAUAUGGUUCGCGAUUUUGUUCAGACGGAACCAAAUUGAAUUGUUUAUGGUCCGGGCCUAACCGAGUGAAACUGCCAGAAAAUAAUUAUAAAUUUAUCAUAUUCAAAUCAAAGUGAUACCAGCAUUAUUAUAAUAAUUCCUGCAUAUUAUUGAAGGUAGUGUAACAAGGUUAACAUGUUAAACUUAAACUACCUGAAGUAGGCAUCUUGUGCGAGCGUCAGCACGCCCCCACGAUAUUCUCGAAAUAAUAAUAUUCUGUGAUAGUAGACGUGAUACCAUCUUUAUCAUUCUAAUAAUAAUAAUUGUACUACAUUCAUAAUUCUGCGUCAUUUAUCACUAAGAAAUUUCGAAGAGUUCUAAAAUUCAAAUUGUUUUCCUUCG